GUGAUGGCCGACACAGCAUCGGCAGAAGACGUCUUUGCGGAGGCGAAGGAGGCCACCCUAGCGAGCAAGGCGGCCUUGUCGCAGCAGCGGACGGACCUCGCGGCGCUCCAGAAGGAGUUCCGGGAGAGAAGCAGGCGGGAGGAGGAAGCCAUGGCCAAGAUCAAGGAGCUCGGCGAUGCGGCGGAGUCCUUCGGCGCCCGCGCCCUGCGCAACCGCAAGUCCGCCGAGGAGAGUAAGGUGGCCGCUCGUCGCGAGGCCGGGGCGAUCGAUGCCGCCGCCCGACAGGAGUCCCGCCUCGCCGCGGAAGCCGUUGCCGCAAAGGCGAAGCUUGAGGCCGCCGCCGCCGCAGCUCAGGAGGAGAAGGCUAAGCGCGACCGGGCGGAGGCGGCGAGGGCGGCGGCGGAAGCCGUGGAGCGGGCGCGGCUGGCGGAGCAGGCGGCGGGGGCGGCGGCGGAGGCGGCCAUCAAGGCGGCGAUGGCGGCGAGACGGGCGACCGCGGAGGCGGUGGCGGCGGCGGAGACGAGUGGGGAUCCGGAGGCGAUCGGUGAGAUGGCACCCGACUACCAGGCCUUUGGAUCCAUAUCUUCUUCGGCGGCGGAUGCGGCGGGGGGCGCAGAGCACGCUCUGGAGGAUCCUACGGCAGAAGAGCCCGGGGUGGAAACCUUGGCGUUGCCGGGGACAGCGGCGGUGCCUGAGCCGCGGUGACGCCGGAGUCCAUGUAGGCGACAGUCGCAGGCUGCUAGCGCGCGUUGCUCGCGGUAGAAGGUCGCAGCAGGUCCGGCGGCAAUCGAGGGAGCUUCCGAGCAUUAUGGGGAGAGGCAGCGGAGCAAUCGGUGACCAAGGGGAUGGCGGGCGACACGGCUUCGGUCGGUGGGGGAUGGUUGAAAGUGGCACGAACGAUGUUCGGAACAGCGUGGAAAGCAGUAAGGACACGUGCGACGGUUGAGGUGCGGGCAUGAGGAUAGACCCUUAGGGAGGGUGCGCUGCAGCCAGGCACGUCGGAAAAUGACGCAAGUGAAAUUGUCAGGACUAGAAAAAUGUACGUGCGGCGCGGGCGCCGGGUGUGGUUCGUGGAGGUGGCCGCCACCUGUUCGGCCUAUAGCUGCAAGAAGCCUACUGCGUGAUGAAUGGGGCAUCGUCCCAGGAGGAGGAUUUCCCACGAGAUGCGGGGACCUUUUCUCAUGGAGGAGUUUUCCCUGUAGAUGAGGGUAGCAGCACGGAAGGGAGCGGCAAACCCAGAGAAACGCGACAAAUCUGGUAGAGGGGCCAACCUCGAACCACCCGUCAAGCCAAGGACAGGUUGGGUUAGGUUGAAUUAGUCAGCUGCCCCGUGGGUCGGACAUCAGGAAGAAGAUGGUGCUCCUUCUUCAGGAUACGUGCGCCCUCCUCUCUCAUGCACCCCCAAUUUGCUUGCGUGCUCUGACGGCGGUGAUUGUCCUGGGGGAGCGGGAAGAGCGCACGCCGGAGAUGCUUGGUUGGAUCGCGCCCGCCACUCGAAGGUGCCCCGAUUCUGAGCCCAGCUCAUGCGGGAUAGAUGUACCACUAUGUCGACUAUUUUUUGCGUAUUCGUGCGUGUGGGAUUUAUGUGAGGGUCGUAUUUACGGAAGCGUGUUUGUCACGAGCGCAUAUGUUCUUUUCUUCGACUCUUAAAGACGGUGAAGGUAUCGACCAAAGAGUGGGAGGGGGUGCAGCUGGGGCGUUGUAGAGGAGGACCAGGGUGUACAGUUUGUGGAUUUGUUAUGCCAGGCGCGUGUUACGUUCGAGCGCAAAGUGGAUUUGUUGUGUCAGGCGCGUGUUACGUUCGAGC